AUCAAUUUUAGGAUCUAUGUCCAAUUUUGGCCCUGUGAUUAUUUUGGACCCUAUGUCAAAUUUGGGCCCACCACAUCAAUUGUGGGCCCUAUGUCACUUUUGGGCCUCAUGUCUAUUUUGUCACCCAUUGUAAUUGUUGGCCAUAUGUCCAUUUUGAUCCUUUGUUUACUUUGGGCCCUAUAAGUAUUGUAGGCCUUGUGUCAAUUUUGGGCCCAAUAUAUAUUUUAAGUCUUGAUUCAUUUUCGGCUUCAAUGCUAAUUUUGAGUCGUAUGGCAGUGUUCGGCCCUAUGUGGAUUGUGGAUAUUGAGUCGUACGACGGAUGGACACCCGACCGAAAUUAUCAGGGUUUCUGCCUGGGGCUGCGAAACCCUAAGCAUUGAAAUUAAGUUGAAAAGUUCGGAAAAACCGCGACUUUGAACUCUAUUCUGAGAAAAACAACUAGAGACAAUAAUAAAUUGUUUAAACAAUUUGUUUCAACAUCUAAUUAUCAGUAUAAAGUAGUAUUUUAUGUAUUAAAUCAAUUUUUAGUUAAAAACUCAAUCCAACUAAUAUUGACGAUUCUAAAUAAAAUGUACGCAUUUAUUGUUUUGUCGAUUCGAACAAGUUUAGGGGCGACAUGCAAGGCAAUUCGAAAAAAAAAUCCAAUGCAUUUUUUAACAGCCCUAACAAAUAUUCUGGCACCAUCCAAUUAAAUUUGGUUCAGCUUCACCGAAAAAUGUAAAGUUUAAUUGAAAAUUCUAUUUGUUUCAGUUUAGAAAUGUAGAAAAUUUUAUGAUUGGCAGUGAAAUCUUGAGACUAAAAUGUCGGGGGUGGAGGAUAAUUUAAAAAUUUUUGAGGACUCCUUCCACUCCUUAAAUAGCAAUAGCAAUAGCAAUGCUACAUCUCGGACAUAUUAUAGGAGAAGUAGCUUGGCAACUUCCCUUCAUGCAAAUCUGUUAGGUCCACCUAAUCCAGAUGUCGUGGGAUCUGCACGUCGAAGACUUAGCAAUGUGAGCGAUGUCGUCUCCAGGAAAAUCUCCCGGACCAUGGGUUGGAAGCUGGUCUCUGUUCCUGUGGAAUUGACAGUCUCACAAGUUGAUUACGCUGGAUUAUAAGUGGAUAUAUUGCUUGGAUUACACGAAUUACUCAAAUUACUGGAUGACAAAUGGAUUACGCUGGAUUAGAGUGGAUUACUCUAUAUUAGAACUGGAUUGCGACGGAUUACAAGUGGAUUAUUCUAAAUUACUUGAAUUAUACGGGAUUACAAGUGGAGUAGUCUCGUUACACUUGAAAUUCCUGAUUAGAGUGGAUUACCAGUUUGGAUAAC